AUGCCGAGGAACCAGGGCUUCUCGGAUCCCGAGUACUCGGCUGAGUACUCUGCCGAGUACUCGGUUAGUCUGCCCUCUGACCCCGACCGUGGGGUCGGCCGGACCCAUGAAAUUUCUGUGCGGAAUUCGGGGUCCUGCCUGUGCCUGCCUCGCUUUAUGCGGCUGACCUUCGUGCCUGAGUCCUUGGAGAACCUCUAUCAGACCUACUUCAAAAGGCAGCGCCAUGAGACACUGCUGGUGCUGGUGGUCUUUGCGGCCCUCUUUGACUGCUACGUGGUGGUCAUGUGCGCGGUGGUCUUUUCCAGCGACAAGUUGGCGCCCCUCAUGGUGGCCGGCAUUGGUCUGGUGUUGGACAUCAUCCUCUUUGUGCUCUGCAAAAAGGGGCUGCUCCCGGACCGAGUGAGCCGCAAAGUGGUACCCUACCUGCUGUGGCUGCUCAUCACAGCUCAGAUCUUCUCAUACCUGGGCCUGAACUUCUCACGUGCCCACGCAGCCAGCGACACGGUGGGUUGGCAGGCCUUCUUUGUCUUCUCCUUCUUCAUCACGCUACCCCUCAGCCUCAGCCCCAUCGUGAUCAUCUCUGUGGUCUCCUGUGUUGUGCACACGCUCGUCUUGGGGGUCACUGUGGCCCAGCAGCAGCAAGAUGAGCUGCAAGGGAUGCAGCUGCUGAGGGAGAUCCUGGCCAACGUCUUCCUUUACCUGUGUGCCAUCAUUGUGGGCAUCAUGUCCUACUACAUGGCAGACCGCAAGCAUCGCAAGGCCUUCCUGGAAGCCCGCCAGUCGCUGGAGGUGAAGAUGAACCUGGAGGAGCAGAGCCAGCAGCAGGAGAACCUCAUGCUUUCCAUCCUGCCGAAGCACGUGGCUGAUGAGAUGCUGAAGGACAUGAAGAAAGACGAGAGCCAGAAGGACCAGCAGCAGUUCAACACCAUGUACAUGUACCGGCACGAGAAUGUCAGCAUCCUGUUUGCGGACAUUGUGGGCUUUACCCAGCUGUCCUCCGCCUGCAGCGCCCAGGAGCUCGUGAAGCUCCUCAACGAACUCUUUGCCCGCUUUGACAAGCUGGCGGCUAAAUACCACCAACUGAGGAUCAAGAUCCUGGGGGACUGUUACUACUGCAUCUGUGGUCUGCCUGACUACCGGGAGGACCACGCCGUGUGCUCCAUCCUCAUGGGGCUUGCCAUGGUGGAGGCCAUCUCGUACGUGCGGGAGAAGACCAAGACUGGCGUGGACAUGCGUGUAGGGGUGCACACAGGCACCGUACUGGGUGGUGUCUUAGGCCAGAAGCGUUGGCAGUAUGACGUGUGGUCUACUGAUGUCACUGUGGCUAACAAGAUGGAGGCUGGUGGCAUCCCAGGGCGCGUGCACAUCUCCCAGAGCACCAUGGACUGCCUGAAGGGGGAGUUUGACGUAGAGCCCGGUGACGGGGGCAGUCGCUGUGAAUACCUAGAUGAGAAAGGCAUCGAGACCUACCUCGUCAUUGCCUCCAAGCCAGAGGUGAAGAGAACAGCCCAAAAUGGUCUCCAUGGCUCGGCUCUGCCAAAUGGCGCGCCGGCAUCCUCCAAACCCAGCUCCCCUGCCCUUAUUGAGACCAAGGAGCCCAAUGGGAGCGCCCAUGCCAGCGGCUCCACAUCGGAGGAGGCUGAAGAGCAGGAGGCCCAGGCCGACAACCCCUCGUUCCCCAACCCCCGCCGCAGGCUGCGCCUCCAGGAUCUGGCGGACCGUGUGGUGGACGCCUCUGAGGAUGAGCACGAACUGAACCAGCUGCUCAACGAGGCCCUGCUGGAGCGGGAGUCUGCCCAGGUGGUGAAGAAGAGAAAUACGUUCCUCCUAACCAUGCGGUUCAUGGACCCAGAGAUGGAAACGCGCUACUCGGUGGAGAAGGAGAAGCAGAGUGGGGCGGCCUUCAGCUGCUCCUGCGUGGUCCUCUUCUGCACCGCCAUGGUGGAGAUACUUAUUGACCCCUGGCUGAUGACAAACUACGUGACCUUCGUGGUUGGGGAGGUUCUGCUUUUGACCUUGACCAUCUGCUCGCUGGCGGCCAUCUUUCCCAGGGCGUUUCCUAAGAAGCUUGUGGCCUUCUCAUCUUGGAUUGACCGGACCCGCUGGGCCAGGAACACCUGGGCCAUGUUAGCCAUCUUCAUUCUGGUUAUGGCCAAUGUGGUGGACAUGCUUAGCUGUCUCCAGUACUACAUGGGACCUUACAACGUGACCACCGGGAUGGAGCUGGAUGGUGGCUGUAUGGAGAACCCCAAGUACUACAACUACGUUGCUGUGCUGUCCCUCAUCGCCACCAUCAUGCUGGUGCAGGUCAGCCACAUGGUGAAGCUGACACUCAUGCUGCUCGUCACAGGCGCCGUGACUGCCAUCAACCUGUAUGCCUGGUGUCCGGUCUUCGAUGAAUACGACCGCAAGCGCUUUCAGGAACAGGACUCUCCUGUGGUGGCCUUGGAGAAGAUGCAGGUAUUGUCCGCCCCUGGGCUCAAUGGCACGGACAGCAGGCCACCCCUGGUGCCUUCCAAGUACUCAAUGACUGUGAUGAUGUUCGUCAUGAUGCUGAGCUUUUACUACUUCUCCCGCCACGUGGAAAAACUGGCACGAACACUGUUCUUGUGGAAGAUCGAGGUCCAUGACCAGAAAGAACGUGUCUAUGAGAUGCGACGUUGGAACGAGGCCUUGGUCACCAACAUGCUGCCUGAGCACGUGGCCCGCCAUUUCCUGGGGUCCAAGAAGAGAGACGAGGAGCUGUACAGCCAGUCUUAUGACGAGAUUGGAGUCAUGUUUGCCUCCCUGCCAAACUUUGCUGACUUCUACACCGAGGAGAGCAUCAAUAAUGGUGGGAUCGAGUGUCUACGCUUCCUCAAUGAGAUCAUCUCUGAUUUUGACUCCCUCCUGGACAACCCCAAAUUCCGGGUCAUCACCAAGAUCAAAACCAUUGGCAGCACCUAUAUGGCAGCUUCUGGAGUCACCCCAGAUGUCAAUACCAAUGGCUUUACGAGCUCCAGCAAGGAGGAGAAGUCAGACAAGGAGCGCUGGCAGCACCUGGCUGACCUGGCUGACUUUGCGUUAGCCAUGAAGGACACGCUCACAAACAUCAACAACCAGUCAUUCAACAACUUCAUGUUGCGCAUAGGCAUGAACAAAGGCGGGGUUCUGGCUGGAGUCAUCGGAGCCCGGAAACCACACUAUGACAUCUGGGGCAACACUGUCAAUGUAGCCAGCAGAAUGGAAUCCACAGGGGUCAUGGGCAACAUCCAGGUGGUAGAAGAAACGCAGGUCAUCCUUCGCGAGUAUGGCUUCCGCUUUGUGAGGCGAGGCCCCAUCUUUGUGAAGGGCAAAGGGGAGCUCCUGACCUUUUUCCUGAAGGGGAAGGACAGGCCAGCCGCCUUCCCCAACGGCUCCUCUGUUACACUGCCCCACCAAGUGGUGGACAAUUCCUGAAUGGCCUCUGGCCCCCAUAAUGGUCCACAUGGGAAGGGAGGUGGUUUGGGAAGCGGAGAAUGGCUUUUGGAAAGGGCCACUGACCAAGUCCUGGUGUUCCCGAGUUGUUGACGUGCACAUUCCCAUAGACUUUAGGUUCAGAUUUCCUCUAGCCUUCCUGUGUGGAUGUGAGUGCUG